AUCUCUUUUGGAUUAAUACGCAACAUUUUUACAAGUACUGUCUGUUUACUACGAUACUACUGAACUGAGGGAUACUUCUGAAGGACGUGACAAUAAGUUCAGUGUUUCUUUAAUCAAACUCGGUGGGGCACUAAUUAACAUAUAAACUUGGCCAUGUGUAAGCUACUUCAUCCUAUCAGUUUCCAGAUCAGAAAAACAUAACUUUUGAAGCUCGCACUGAGCGGUCCCCGAAUUGUUAGCGUCAUUUUAUUACGGAGUCUCGAUAGGGGUUUGAAAUAUCGGAGCACUGGCAUCAAGGUGGCAGGGUGUUGACAGGUUGGGGGAUACCUAGACACUGAGGGCUUUUAGACAACGAGACCACGAUGAUGAUGAUGGCAGAUUAUCGGAGUUGCCGCUACGAGCACAAUCCGCCCGUCUUUAGUGCGAGCUCAUUCCCGACUCCUGACAUGUCGGAUGCGAGACAAAUCAUGGACAUAUCGUACUCGCAUCCCGCGGGCAGCCAGGAUUAUUUUGGACCCCCGAGUGGGACUUAUCACCGACCGUUCCACCGCCAGUACCCAGACAUGUAUCCUUACCAUGCCAACGGCGGCAUUCACCAGCAUUUCUUCAGUUCAGGCGGAGAUCACCAGAACCCAGUGGACUUUCGACCGCGACAUGCCACCCAUCUGAAGGACAAGGUGCCACCCGGUAACAAAGAGGAAAUGACCGGCACGGAAGAGAGCGGAGAGUCGCCGUGUAUUGGUGCUAAAGGGGGACAGGUUUGUGGGGGUGGAGUGAAAAGUGGUCCGCACUGCGCUGCUGCUACCAAGGAAGACAGCGUCGACUGCGGGGACAUGAAGCACAGCUCGAGCCCGUGCAGCCCGUGUAAGGACGACUCAGAGUGUAAGACUGACGAUGACCUUUCGUCCGACGAUAACGACGAACACAUCCCGCACGUGCUCGCACCCGGCUACCACGGGCCCAACAGGCGGUGCCUCCUGUGGGCGUGCAAGGCGUGUAAGAGAAAGACUGUGACGAUCGACCGCAGGAAAGCGGCGACGAUGAGGGAACGACGGCGACUUCGUAAGGUGAACGAGGCGUUCGAGACGCUGAAGCGCCGGACGUGUCCGAACCCGAACCAGCGGCUGCCGAAGGUGGAGAUUCUGCGUAACGCCAUCGAGUACAUCGAGAGUCUGGAGGAGUUGCUGCACGGCAGUCGGGUGGCGAGGAACGACGAGACUUGCAACGACGCUGGCUCGUCCAGCAGCGGCUCAGACUACAUGACGGUACACAGUCCCAACUACUACGAUAAGAUGAAUCACGUGAACGGGGAAGUAGCCAAUAACUAUGGCAACGGAUUCGAGCAGGUCCAGUCAAGUAAUGGCGUCUCCAGUCUAGACUGUUUGUCGUUGAUUGUAGAAAGUAUCUCUCCCAACAACACGUCGCCCAUCAUGACAAACAUGGCCACUGCAGAGCGGCCUUUGUGAAACUGACAAACAUGGCCACCGAAGGGCGGCCGCCAUGGCCCAUAUAAACAGAGCUAGAAGACGAUUGAAUUGUGAAACUGACAGAUAGGCCGCCAUAGGGCGGUGUUCCUGGUCCAUAUAAACAGAGCUAGAAGACGACUGAAUUGUGAAACUGACAGAUAGGCCGCCAUAGGGCGGUGUUCGUGGUCCAUAUAAACAGAGCUAGAAGACGAUGGAAUUGUGAAACUGACAGAUAGGCCGCCAUAGGGCGGUGUUCGUGGUCCAUAUAAACAGAGCUAGAAGACGAUUGAAUUGUGAAACUGACAGAUAGGCCGCCAUAGGGAGGUGUUCCUGGUCCAUAUAAAUAAAGUUAGAACAUGAUAUAUAAUUGUGAAACUGACAGAUAUGGCUACCACAGGGCGACAAACAUGGCCACCACAGCGGCCUUUUGAAGACUUACACAUAAGGCCACUAUUGAGCAGCAUUUGGAGAUAUGUAGGAGUCCGAUAAUUCGUAACAUAUCUGUGUGUAUGUGUGUAUAUCACCCCUCAUCACAACUGUGGCCACGCAUUGCAGCCUAUGUGAGUCGUGUAUACACGGCUUUAAGCCUUGGACGAUGUUCUGUAAACCACUGAUGAAACAAAGAGGCCAUUUUAUACUGGUCUGAAGAUAUUUGUUUUCAAAAGCUUUCAGUAACUGGAGCGCAAAGAAAACGGCAAAACAUCGGUUAUAGCCCGACGUUUUAUACAAACCAAUUUCAGAAAUCAAGUUACACAAAUUCUGGAUAUGAAAACAAUAACAAUAUGGAAUGUUGGUAUUAUGAAGCAGUCUGCUUUGAAAACGUUUGUGAGCAAUCACACAUUGAACUUGGAGAAAGGUGAAAGUCACCAUUAGUUUACCGGAAAAGUUUGCGCGUGUAUCACGCUCACAUUUAAAAUGGCUUGGACGUUAUGCAAUACAAACCUAACAGAGGCCUCCUGAGCUGCAUGUGCUAUGGGUUUCAGAUGGAGAAGUAGUUUUUGAAAUGCUAUGCUGAUGGUUAUCUCCAUUAUUCGUCUCCGUUCUGGUAACCAAUAAUAGCAACAAUACCGUUGAUUCAUGGACAGCUAAAACUAUUACAACAUUUAAAACAAUGUUUUUUUUUCUAUAAAGGCACAACAACAUGAAGCUCCGUUUAGUACAAAAACCCAAAGUAAACACCAUCAAGGACAACACAACACAGAUAAUAAUAAUAAUAAUAAUAAUAAUAAUAAUAAUGCACAUAAAGUGUAUACUGAUUGGAUUCGAAACUAUUGCACUAAACCAUGAGUGAAUGCAUGAUGUGUUUAUGUGUUUUGUAACCAAGGUGUUUUGUGUGUUUUUGUUUUUAAUCUGAUCAACAUAUAUAUACUAGUGUGAAAUGUAAAUUUUGAUCGAUAUCAAAGCACGGGUCAUCAUCUAAGCAAUAAUGAACUAUUUGGUGAUAACAUUUCAGCGGUAAUUAAUUAGUUUCAAAGUAAUUUGCGAUCCACAUACAAUCCCUAAUAGCAAAAUAAAUUUGUGCUUCAGAUUAACGAUCAUAAAUCAGUUGCUUUGGGGUUUUUGAAACAUAAUUUAAACAAAUAAAAAAUUCUUACACGUAAAAGAAAAAAAAAUUAAACAUGAAUGUAUUUUUAAAUAUUUUAAAGAACCGAUUUUCUGGGUAUUUUUUUAUAAUGAAUAGUUCACCAUACACAGUGCCUUAAAAUAAAAGAAUAAUUGUUUUGCUAUUUAUAAAUAUCAAUUUAUUUAAAGUUACGAAUAUGUCAUAUUUAAUGAGCUAGUAGUGUUAUUAUUUAAAACAUCUAGAGAAUUAUUUUUAUUAUCAAAUGUCAAGGUGUUUACUAAGGCGUUGGACAAAUAUUUUGUUUUUAAUUUGUUGUAAAAGAUCAGAAUAUUAAUUUGUCUAUAUUAACCAUACAACUGAUACAAUUGACGAGAUAACAAAAACUAUUACAUCAGUAAUAUUCUAGUAUUAGUGCAACCAGUACGAGAUAAGAACUAUAAAUAGUAUAUUUAUAUAUAUAUAUUGUUAUUUGUAUAAUAUACGAGAAAAAAUAUUUUGUUUACAAAUAGUUGUGUGUGAUUUGACUUUAGCUGUCAUAUAUAAUCUCUGUUGCUAUAGCAACAGUGAUGUUGUAUUUAUUAAUAUAAAUCAAAUGAAAAUAAAUAUUUUUGC